AUGACUGGGACUACGUUGGAAAAGGGACAAUCUGGCCUCCCCACGCCCGAUAGCACCCACUCGUACUGGCAUAGAGAGCCAUCGGCUGUACUCCUCGGUCACAGAACGACGGAGAAGCUCCCCCCUGCGGCAGAUGUCAUUGUUGUUGGAAGUGGGAUUACGGGUGCUUUUGCUGCGAGGGAGCUGGCAAAUGAGGGAAGGAAUGUGUUACUUCUUGAAGCAAGAGAGGCCUGCUGGGGGGCAACAGGCCGGAAUGGCGGCCACUGCCAGCCCAUGGUGUACGGGUCCAAACCUAGCAUUGCUCGGUUUGAGCUGGGCACAUACGACUUCCUCAAGGGCUUUAUAGCCAGGAACAAAAUCCCCUGUCACUGGCAUACCGUCGGCGGCGUACAUGGCAUAUUUGACGACGACGUACUGGCAGCCGUGGAGGAGAUUAUCGAGCGACUAAAGACGAGCCACCCUGAUCUCGCAGAGAAGGCUAUUCUCGUCAAGGACGAACGUGGGAGGAGGGCGCUUCGUGUCCCGCAGGCCUGUGCUGCAGUGUACCAGCCUCACGCCGCCAAGCUGUGGCCGUAUAAGCUCGUGGCGUGGGUUCUUGAGAGUCUGCUGAGGGAGUUCCCGGAUACCUUUAAUAUGCAGACCAACACGCCGGUCGAGUAUUUGCAACACUGUGACGAUGGGUGGAUCGUGCAUACUCGCAGGGGACAGGUUGCCGCCAAGGAUGUACUCCUCGCCUCGAACGCCUACACGUCUUGUCUGCUGCCCAAGAUGACGGGCAUCAUCACGCCGGUUCGCGGGCAAAUUGUGGGGUUGACGCCGCCGACGGGCGAUGUGCCGCUUGAACAUACGCAUGUCUGGGCAAGGGGCAGACACGAGAGCUAUUUGAUCCAGCGGGAUGGUGACGGGAUUCUCAUCCUUGGCGGGGAGAGAUAUGCUGCCUCUGGUGCCGAGGAGGGCAUUUGGGAUGACGGCAGCGUAAAUGCCGACGUUGGGCGGAAGCUUCGCCACGAACUUGGCCAGAGUCUCAAGUUGCGUGGUCCCGACCACGAAGAGAGGAGCCAGCUGGACGCACAGUACGAGUGGACGGGCAUAAUGGGUUACGUAAAUGACGGCCAUCCUUGGGUUGGUAGAGUUCCUACUGAGUUUGGAGGUGAGAGGGACAGUAGUGGAGAUGGUCACUUAUGGAUAAGCGCUGGGUACAAUGGGCAUGGGAUGACGGCUGCUGCGAGGUGUGGUGUGAGAGUGGCGGAGAUGAUAGUGGGAAAGAAGGCGAGUUUUGAUUUACCAAUCGAGUAUGAGACGAGUGCGGAGAGGGCGGAGAGGGCGAAGCGGUUGGUUGGGGGGAGAUUGAGCUUUGUAGAUGAGUUGAGGGCUUUGCUGGAGGAGUAG